AUGUAUCAUUCCUUGUCCGAAACUAGACAUCCUCUGCAGCCGGAAGAGCAGGAAGUGGGCACUGACCCCUUGUCUAGCUACUCAAACAGAACUGGAGGCAACUCAAAUAAAAAUGGAAGAAGAACAAGUUCUACUUUAGAUUCUGAUGGGACUUUUAAUUCCUAUAGGAAAGAAUGGGAGGAUCUCUUUGUAAACAACAAUUACUUGGCAACAAUAAGGCAGAAGGGGAUUAAUGGGCAGCUGAGAAGCAGCAGGUUCCGCAGCAUUUGCUGGAAGCUAUUUCUUUGUGUUCUUCCUCAAGAUAAAAGUCAGUGGAUAAGUAAAAUUAAAGAAUUAAGAGCAUGGUAUAGCAACAUCAAAGAAAUACACAUCACCAACCCGAGGAAAGUCGUUGGCCAGCAGGACCUGAUGAUCAAUAAUCCCCUUUCACAGGAUGAAGGGAGUCUUUGGAACAAGUUCUUCCAAGAUAAAGAACUCCGAUCAAUGAUUGAACAAGAUGUCACAAGAACGUUUCCUGAAAUGCAGUUUUUCCGACAAGAAAAUGUGAGAAAAAUUCUUACAGAUGUUCUUUUCUGUUAUGCUAGAGAAAACGAGCAGUUGCUUUAUAAACAGGGCAUGCAUGAGCUCUUAGCGCCUAUAGUCUUUAUCCUCCACUGUGACCACCAAGCCUUUCUUCAUGCCAGCGAGUCUGCUCAACCAAGUGAGGAAAUGAAAACGCUAUUGAAUCCUGAAUAUCUGGAACAUGAUGCCUAUGCAAUGUUCUCACAACUUAUGGAAACUGCUGAACCUUGGUUUUCUACUUUCGAGCAUGAUAGUCAAAAGGGGAAAGAAACACUGUUGACCCCCAUCCCCUUUGCUAGACCACAGGACUUAGGGCCAACAAUUGCUAUUGUUACUAAAGUCAACCAAAUCCAGGAUCAUCUACUGAAGAAGCAUGAUAUUGAGCUCUACAUGCACUUGAACAGACUAGAAAUUGCACCACAGAUAUAUGGGUUGCGGUGGGUACGGCUGCUGUUUGGGCGAGAGUUCCCCCUGCAGGACCUUCUGGUGGUCUGGGACGCCUUGUUCGCUGAUGGCCUCGGCCUGGGCUUAGUGGAUUACAUCUUCAUAGCCAUGUUACUCUACAUCCGAGAUGCUUUGAUCUCUAGUAACUACCAGACCUGUCUUGGCCUUCUGAUGCAUUACCCAGUGAUUGGGGAUGUACACUCACUGAUCCUUAAGGCUCUGUUCCUUCGAGAUCCAAAGAGAAAUCCAAGACCAGUGACUUACCAGUUCCAUCCAAAUUUAGAUUAUUACAAAGCACGGGGAGCGGACCUUAUGAAUAAAAGCCGGACCAAUGCCAGAGGUGCUCCCCUAAAUAUAAAUAAGGUCUCCAAUAGCCUGAUUAAUUUUGGAAGGAAGUUGAUUUCUCCUGCAACAGCCCCAGGCAGUAGCAGUGGCCCUGGUUCUGGAGGCAGUGGUGGCAGUGCCUCCACUGCUGUGGGUUCCCCCAGGACCCUGACAGAAAUCCCCCGGCAUCAUUUGCAGCAGCAGCAGCAGCAGAGGCUGAUGAAAUCGGAAAGCAUGCCGGUGCAAUUGAACAAAGGUGAUGUCGUUACAGGAAGCAAUGCUCAGGUUUCUGUUCCCGUCCAGACCCUAACUGACCUCCAAGGACAGAGUUCUAAAAACAUCAGUUCAUCUCCAAGCAUUGAGAGUCUGCCUGGAGGAAGAGAAUUCACUGGCUCCCCACCUUUGUCUGCUACCAAAAAGGAUUCCUUCUUCAGCAACAUUUCCCGUUCCCGCUCACACAGCAAAACUAUGGGCAGAAAAGAGUCUGAAGAAGAAUUAGAAGCCCAAAUUUCCUUCCUUCAAGGACAGUUGAAUGACCUGGAUGCCAUGUGCAAAUACUGUGCAAAGGUGAUGGACACUCAUCUUGUAAAUAUUCAAGAUGUGAUAUUACAAGAAAAUUUGGAAAAAGAAGAUCAAAUUCUGGUUUCCCUGGCAGGAUUAAAACAGAUCAAAGACAUUCUCAAAGGUUCCCUGCGUUUCAACCAGAGCCAGCUGGAAGCCGAGGAGAAUGAGCAGAUCACCAUCUCAGACGACCACUACAGCGGUCAGGGCCAAGGCCAAGGCCAGGGCCAGAGUGGCCAGCUGCCCGGGGCCACCAAGCAGGCCGCUUCGGAAGUGCCCGGGCCCGCGGAUGAAGGCAGCGCGGAGGACUUCAUCCUGGUUUCCAAAGAGGACGGGGGAGGCAGCGCCAAGGCGCCCCCCUCCAGCCAGGCCCAGCCGCUCCGCACCCUCAGAAGCACGUCUGGGAAGGGCGAGGGCCUGGCCCGCUUCCCGCUGGUCUUCUCCGACCCCCUGAUGGGCCCGGCCUCGGCUUCCUCCAGCAACCCCAGCUCCAGCCCCGACGACGACAGCAGCAGCAACAGCAAGGACUCCGGCUUCACCAUCGUGAGCCCCCUGGACAUCUGA